AUGACGCUACAAUUUGCUUUAUCGACUCCCUUGCCUUCUGCAGGCAUCUAUGGGCCAUUUCAAGUGAUUACUAGAUCUAAUUAAAUUAUCCUUAAGAAUUUGGCUGGUCUCCAUCAAAUACUAUUCAUCCUUUCCGCUUAUAAAGAAUUCAGCAGAUCAAUCUCGAGCAUUUAAGCCUCUAUAUUAUUUUAAUGUACUAGAUCUUCCCCAAAUGGAAAAAUUUAUGAUGCAAACUACUUAUUUGGUUGUGUUCUAGUUUCUGCCUCAGUCUCAAGUUCAUCUUAUAUGACAACAACUGCUGCUACAUUAACCUCUACAACUGUCAUUGUUGGCUCAAAAGAUGACAUUAUUUUUUCCUUUGUAGUCCCCGCUAGCCUCAAUCUUUGAAAGCAUGACAUUUUUGAAAUAAUUCCUGAUUCCCAUUGAACUGUCUCUACAAACCCUACAUGUGCAUCAGUUGACAUUCCUUCUGUAACCAAUUAUAUUAAAGGGCCUAAAAAUGAUAAUUCUUUGCCCUGUACUAUUGCUGAUUCUGAUAGAACAAAUGGAUGAUUAAAUCCUUCAGCAUCUAGCAUUUACAUAUAUGGGCUUUUUCAAGACGUGAUUAUUAAUUCAAGCUACCAAAUUAAGCUUAAAGUCUCCUCCUUCACAUUUCCAUCAUCGUCUAUUCCAUCUUCAAGCUACAGUUGGACACUAAAAAUAUGAAGAUGGGGAACAAGCAAUUUAAUCGCCCAAUACACUUGUAGUGGACCUAUAACCCCAGUUCCUGGAAUAAUUGCAGUAACUUCAUGAGCUCCUUAUAAUACUAAUGUCCUUCCUACUGACAUCCCAAGCAGCAAUUCUUUUUCAAUCUUCACAAAGCUGACUUUUCAAAUCUCCCAUGCAAUUUCAUCAGGAAUAAUCACUGUCACAUUUUUAAACGUAGACAUAUUGUCUGAAUAUUGGUAUCAUGAUAUUGGAGAUCCUAGCUCUGGAAUAUCUGGGCUGUGCUAUUUGAAUAAUUAUAUCCCUGGAACUACUUGUGAUGUUUUAUAUGACAAUUCAGCUGUUAUUUCUAUAAACGGAGCUCCUUUGGCAGCUUCUUCGUUUAUUUCAAUUACAGUUUUGGCCAAGCUAAAUACAGGCGCUCAAGUUGCCUCAAUAAUAAGCAAUGAUGGGACUGCAGAUAUUGAUGUCUUGGCUUCAGUUUAUUUUUGGCAAUUCGGAAAUUCUUUAUCUAUGACUGAUUUCAAGUUUUAUGCAAACAAUAACAAAAAGUUUUAUGGAGACUUUUUUAUUUAUAGCGGUAUGCAAGUAGGGGGUAAUCUGUGAUUUGGAUUUCUAUCAUGAUUUUUUCAACCAUCAACAACCUGGACAGCUGGGACUAAAUUGGUUGUUUAUUUGCCUUUCUCUAAUUCAGAAGUGCAGAUAAAUCAGACUUUUAUUAAGACUACCGCAGAAUAUUUUGAUACGGCAUUAACUGAUACCGCCAAUAACUAUUUUCUUACUUCAGCAUCUGUAGGUAUUGCAAACAAUAUUGCUGGCUCUCCAGGAUUAAUUUCAAUUACAUUUACUGGAAAUACUUCUCCAGGAAUAGAAGGCUCCUAUCCAUACUUGCUGGCUUAUUUAUAUUUCAAAUUCCUAAUUAUUAAAAUUUCUUUUAAUCGUUUUUAUACAAAUUUUUUUUCUUUUACAUAUGCUCUAACUUUACUAUAAAAAAUUAAUAAUGAGUAAUUUGCUAAAAGCAUUAAUAAUCUAAUAUAAGCAAUAAAAAAAAUUUCUAUAUUAAAUAUUAAUCUUAUUUAUUAGCUUUAACUCUUGAAAUUUCUAAUCAACGUCUAAACAAUUUAUUUAGAGUAUAAAUAUAAGCUGUCCAUACUUUUUCUUUGUUUAUGGAAUUCCAUCAGAUAGUAGCGAUACCAAAACGACUGCUCUUCCUUUUGCUCAAUCAAAUAUCGCCACUUUUUAUGAGUGCUGAGCAAAGGUCUUUCCACCUGGAAGUUCAACAGCUACUGAGUUCUACAAUUAUGUUUUCUCAGUCAUGUCUAUACAAAAUGAUGGUGAAUUUAUGGUUGAUCAUAUAUGCAGAGGCAAAGCUGCUGGAAUCCCUAUUAUGGCUGUUUAUCACGCUUUAAAUCGAGAAUUCGAUUUUGAUGACCACGCAAAUCAUUAUUAUUUCGAGCUUAUAUUUACUGAUUGAUACAUUAAAAUGGUGGCACAUGUCAGCCUGUCCUCUACUGGGAAGGACUCCGAGAUGUUAUACAAAUUUAGCCCCAAGUAUAGAAAUUUUCCAUAGAUGGCGCUGCUUGCCCUUGGUUUGCCCAUGAGAAAAUUUUUUUGGUUUGACCAAACCAUAUGGGACUGGCCGAACCAAAAAUUUUCCCCAGUGGGCAAAUCAAGGGCAAACAGCGCCAUCUAUGGGAAAUUUCUAUAAUUAGCAUCGAAUAGUUUUUGCUGUCUUUCUUGCAGUUGGAAAUGGAGUGCCAACAACAUCUUUUGAAUCUGAGGGCCAAUAUUCUGAGAAACUGGAGUCUUGUCCAAGCCACAGUAGAGCAGUCUUUUUCAUGUAGCUAGCAAGGGAAGGCACUUUGACAUCCAACAGACUCCAAGGAGCUGAUUCUUGGAAUCUAGCUACUCCAAUCACCAUCCGCAGGGCCUCAGAAAUCUAUAAGUCACCAACUCAAGACUGAAGCCAUAAGGAGAAUUAAGGUACGGAACUGGCACCCUUUUCAGGAGAUACGCUCUCUAGCUGGAGGGGUAAACUUUAGAACCUUUCGUAUAGGAAGUCUUUUUAAUUGCGUCACCAAUAUAGCUAACUUUUGACUUUAAAUAGCCUAACCUAAUUUUACUGAUGGAGUCUCUGCUAAUUUAGGUUCUGGCUUAGUAGAUGGUAGUGAUUUUCCAGUGAUUUCUACAUCCCCAUUAAUUACUCCUAAGGCCACAAUCAGUUCAAAUACAGUAACUAUCUCAAGCCUUGGAUAUGUCAGCAGCGGCGGCACUGUAACUCUAUUUCUGCCGAUUGAUGCACCGACUAAGACAUUUUUAGGUUCUUAUUAAAUUAGCAAUUUUAUAUUCCUUGAUCUCAAAUAAAAUAUUUUAUUUUAAUCACUUAUAUGAAAAUUGCGUCAAUCUUAGAGUUAAUUUUCAAAUAUUUCCAAUUUCUGCUAAUAAAAAUAUUGCAAUAUAAGAAAUUCGGCUAUGUUCAAUUAUCAUAAACCCCAAAAUUUCGUCAUUUAUUUACACCAUUUUUAAAUGUAGAUAUAAAUUUUUAUUAUGUCCUAGAUGGAGUAGACCCAAAUAUCAAGAUGAACCUGUAUCGUUGAAGACUAUCAUUGGGAGUUGGCACUGAUAUUCCCUCAGAAACAUUAGUAAUAAAUCCAGCAAGCUAUACAGUUGGAGAGCCAGCAGAUCCUGCAAGCGUAUAUGUCACUUUCCCAUCAAUUACAACGAUUUCAGUAGGCGAUUGAGUUGGAAUUGGCUUGCCUCCAGGUUUCACAUUGUCAUCUUCAUAUUCGCUAACUUUAGAUGGCGUGCCGUCAACUUCUUAUUCUGUAUCAUCGUCAAGCAGCUCAUUUUCUGGAGGAUUUAUAAUAGGAACUUUUCCCAAUGAUAUCACAAUUUUAGGCUCAGAGCCAUCAGAAUUAAUAAUUAGUGGCAUGAUUCCUCCUUUGACGACAGGAUUAUCUAGUGACGGCGCAUCUUUAAAUUUUGUGCUUUAUAUAGCAUCACCCCCAUCACCAUGAGCAGCGAAAUGCAAAUCAAUAAUGAAUAUACCGUCAAUAGUCAAUGGAGGAACAAUUAUAGGAGACACCUGUACUGUUGAUAAACCAUACACUCUAGGUUUAGAUUCAGUAGACUCCACGAUGACUUUAUUACUGCUAAUGCUAUUCCUGGAAAUGGAAAAAUUAUAA